UGCACACGCCUGCACAUUGCAAGGAAGAAUUGCUUGCUACACAGUCCAUUUGCGAUAACGAUUUGCUUGCCUGCUGCAAUGAAGAAAUGCUUGCUACCAAUGCUGAGGGACAGCUAGUAUCCAGAUGUAUUUCAAUUUUAUCAGAAAAAUUUGAACCCCAACCCACUUACUUGUCUUAUUCAUCUGAAGCAUACAAGAGUUUUCCUCAGUUUACUAUGAUGAUAGCAGGACGCUCCAUUACAUUUUUAGUCGAUUCAGGUGCUACAAAUUCAGUCAUUAAAAGUACAGAGUUCCCCAGUUCGCCCAAGCUUAGUGGUCGUUUUGUUUAUUCAAUGGGCGCCUCAGGUCAGGUUGUUAAAGAAAAUCUUACUGUACCCUUACCCUGCAACAUUCCAAACGGAGACCCCUUGAAGCAUUCCUUUUUGUUAUCAAAUCUAUGUCCUAUUAAUCUGAUGGGUAGGGAUUUGAUGUGUCGUUUGGGUAUUUGUUUGUUGUCUACACCAGAGGGCAUCAAGGUUACUGAAUUAUCAGAGGUUUUUUGUACUAUGGCACUCUCAAGUCAGACAGAUCUGCUGUAUGCCUAUCAGUGGAAAGUAACAGACCCUCCAAAGGGGGGGAGACUGUUAGAGAUAGCCAGGUCACUUGUCUCCUCUGUUCAUGUUGAUUUUAUGAUGCCGGAUGAUUUGCAUUGUACUUCUCAUAUUAGUAUUGGAGCAGAUACAGUUUAUGAAACCGGCUGGUUUCUGGCUGUAAAAUCAGAGAGUUUGCAGAUUGUUAAUUUGUAUUAUAUGGAUUUUUGUUGUGUUGCUGAAGUAUUGUUAAAACAAGAUCAACAGAGUUUCUUUGAUGUUUGUGAUUCUACUUCUCAUGUCUCUUUGGUCAAGAGUUCCGACAUGUCUUGGCGAGAUUUGGGCCCGUUUCUGGCUGAAUGCUUGAAAGUCUCUGACUGGGUCAGUACAACAGACCCCAACGUUUCUUAUUCACUUACUAUGAAUUGUUUCAAGAAGUCUUUCCUUGCUGAUGUGCCUGUGGUCCGUCACGUACAAAUAGUAAAGGAGUCUGUUCACUUGCCUGUUCUGACAAUGACACAGUCUGAUUUAUCACCUGACCCAGCACUUGACUCGGUUCCUAAAACUUUGUGGGCCACUGGCAAGUAUGAUGUUGGUUUGAUCAAGAACUGUGAGCCAGUGGUUAUCACUCCAAAGUCUGAUUUCCGGCCCUGUCGAAAACAAUACCCACUUAAACCUGAAGCUCUUGCCGGUAUCAGACCUGUUUUUGAGUCUCUGCUCAAUGCUGGAGUUAUUGUGCCUUGUGAGUCAUCUCCUGUCAGAUCCCCUUUAUUUCCUGUUAAAAAGAUUUGUGACGUGGGCCUUCCUGUUGAGUGGCGCUUUGUUCAGGACUUGCAAGCUGUCAAUGCUGCCGUGCAGCCACGUGCUCCACACGUGCCUAAUCCUUACACCAUUCUAUCACAAGUCCCACCCACAGCAAGAUUCUUUUCUGUUGUUGACUUGGCCAAUGCCUUUUUCAGUGUUCCUGUUCAUAAGGACAGCCAGUAUUGGUUUGCAUUCAACUUUGACGGCAAGGCUUACACUUUCACCAGGUUAUGUCAGGGCUACUGUGAAAGUCCUACAAUCUACAACGAGGCCAUAAAGACCAGCCUUGAGACACUUGAACUCUCUCCAGGAACAGUUUUGCUGACCUACGUCGAUGACCUCAUGACCUGCUCGCCAACUGCUGACCAGUGCAGAAAAGACACCAUCACCUUGCUUAAACAUUUGGCUUCAGAAGGCCACAAAGCCAGUUUGUCAAAACUGCAGUUUGUUAAAGAGUCUGUAACAUUUUUGGGACAUGUGAUCACAGCUGAGGGCAAAUCUCUCUCUCCCAAGAGAAUAGCAGCAAUUCAAAACAUCCCAAAGCCAAUUACAAAAAAGCAAUUCAUGUCAUUUCUUGGAAUUUGUUCUUACUGUCGACAGUUCAUUCAAAAUUAUGCAAUCCUAGAGGCCCCACUCAGUGCACUGAUUCAUGGGCAGAGCCUCUCCUCAAAUGACAAAGUUACAUGGACACCGGAAGCGUAUGACAGUUUUUGUGAACUGAAACUAACCCUACAGUCUUCACCCACUCUAGGUCUUCCAGAUCCAACUAGGCCUUUCAUUCAAGCUGUGGAUGAGAAAAGUGGGUGCAUGACUUCUGUUCUCCUGCAGGAGCAUGGGGGCGGGCAACGUCCGGUUGCUUACUUCUCUGCUAAACUUGACCCAGUCGCAGCUGGACUUCCGCUUUGUCUGAGAGCUGUGGCUGCUGCAGAGAAAGCAGUCAUGGCAUCAAGAGACAUAGUCGGGUAUUCACCUCUAACCCUUCUUGUCCCACAUGCUGUUUCAUUAAUUUUGCUCGAACAGAAAACUUCUCAUCUGUCCGCCGCUAGGUGGUUACGUUACAAUGCCUCAUUGUUGAAUAUGCCUAACAUCACCAUCAAGCGUUGUAAUGUUCUUAACCCUGCUACCCUUUUACCCACAAUUGUGGAUGGUGAACCCCAUGACUGUGUGCUAACCCUCCAGGAGGCCUGCACUCCCAGACCUGAUCUCCAGGAAACACCAUUAUCCAACCCCGACUUCAUUUUGUUUGUGGAUGGGUCCGCCUCUCGCGACCCCUCUACGAGUGUUAACAAAGUUGGAUAUGCUGUUUGUUCUGCACAUGACACUCUUGUUUCAGGCUCUCUUCCCAGCCACCUCUCAGCCCAGGCGGCUGAGUUGGUAGCCCUAACUGAGGCCUGUUGUCUGGCUGCAGGUAAAUCUGUUACCAUCUAUACCGAUUCCCGGUAUGCCUUUGGUGUCGUUCACAAUUUUGGUGCCCUAUGGAAACACAGAAAGUUCCUCACCUCCUCGGGUAAACCCAUCUCUCACCACACUAAAGUCGCUGCCCUGUUGGAUGCAAUCCUCCUUCCAUCUAAAAUUGCUGUGUGUAAAUGUCAAGCCCACACCCAUUCAUGUGACCCUGUGUCUUUAGGGAACGACAGAGCUGACAAAGCUGCUAAGGCGGCUGCUCGAGCUUCAACCACUUCCUGCCUCUUUUCUGAACAAGCCUCGAACUCUGAGGUUCCCUCUUCUGAGGUUCCCUCUUCUCUCGCAGCUCUUCAGUCAUUCGCCACCCCCCAGGAGAAAGCCCUGUGGAAGUCAUCUGCCUGCACCCUAACAGAAGGAGUGUGGCGCAGUGUGUGUGGAAAACCCUGCCUUCCCAAACAUUUCUUUCCCCAUUUUGCAAAAUUGACACAUGGGCGGGACCAUGCGUCAAAAGCGGGGAUGAUAAGUAUGCUAACACAACAGUGGUUUACAAAGGGAUUUACAGCAUAUGCACAGAGAUUUUGUCAGUCAUGUAUGAUAUGUGCAAACCACAAUGUAGGACGAGGCAUACCCACUACACAGGCCGCACAUCCACCCCCAUCACAGCCAUUUGAACACCUCAUGAUGGAUUUUAUUGAGUUAACACCAUCUGAGGGAAAAGUGUACUGUUUGGUUAUGGUAGACUUAUGGUCAAAAUGGAUUGAAGCUUUCCCUGCAAAACAUGCCACCAGCCAUGUUGUUACAAAAGUUACUGAUGUUGUUACUACUAACUGAGAUUGUUCCUAGAUGGGGUAUACCAGCAAAAGUCAGUAGCGACAAUGGUGCACAUUUUGUCAACUCUGCUCUUGAUCAGGUCGGAAAAUAUCUAGGUAUUGACAUGAGGCGUCAUUGUGCAUACCAUCCGGCCAGUGGGGGAGCAGUCGAGCGGGAGAAUGGGACCUUAAAGAUGAAGCUGGCCAAAUGCUGCGAGGACACUGGUCUCUCAUGGACCAAAGCACUGCCCAUUGCACUGACCUACAUGAGAAUGAGAAAGAGAACCAGAACUAAUCUCAGUCCGUUUGAGAUCCUUUUUGGGCGACCUCCUACACUGGGGAUUUCUACACAGGUAAAAGACGCAUUGCCCCAGCCAGCUGAAGGUACUCUACACAACCUUAAGCCAGGUGAUUGGAUCGUGGUGAAAGAUCUGCGCAGGAAGAACUGGAGAUCGAAGAGGUGGUUAGGACCGUUCCAGAUCCUGCUAACUACACACACUGCUGUAAAGACGGCUGAAAGAGCGACCUGGAUCCACGCCAAUCACUGCAGAAAGGUUCCUGAGCCUCCCGAGUAACCACACACCUCCCACACACUUACACGGCAGGGCUGCGCUGACUCAUCACAGUUCUAGAGUGUACGAAGAACGCUGCUCUGAACUGCUCCGGCGAAAUACAUAAUGCACAUACACGUUCCAGAGAAUACAUCCACAUCUGUUGUCACCAAGCAACCUCCAAGGGACAACGUGGGACCGCCAACCACCAUGAGAACAUCCUGCAACCGUUCCAGAUUAGGUACCAUGAUGGGGCUGGCCUUGAUCCUCACUCUGAUCCUAUCUCCACUGGUGGUAUCUCACUCAUCGUACAGUAUAUCAGAUGGUAAGACUCCCAAGGGAACAGACUGAUCAGCGCGUGGCGAUAUAUGGCCCGACCAACAUAACAGAAGGAGAUUGUCCUGUGACACUCAUGUCUUGCCAGAAUUGAGACUGUUCGAUAUCUAAGAGUAGUAAAAAAUUCUCGCAACAUUGCUUAUGUUCGUACAUACCCACCCGCCUUGACUAAAAGCUUUCAGAACUACAGAUGUACUGUACGUGGGGGGAGUUUAGGGACAACCAUGAAAUUCACAAUGUAUUUUCCCCGGUUAGGAUGGCUGACUCUGGCUGAUGAUUGUUAAGGCCAUUGACAGAUCUGUUAACACCCAGUUCCUCAAUCUUGUGGCUACAGACCGCAACCCCACUCUCGCUCCUCUGCCGACUGACCUUUGGAGGCCCUGGGCAAGUCCAUCUGAUUUUGAUUUUGGUUCUGAUUCUAACUCUGAUGAUGCCUCGGUCAUAGUCUAAUUUGUUUUUGAUCAUGAUUGUGUCACAUUCUGAUUUGUUGGAACGUUUGCCUAUUGGUGCUUGGACAUUUUACCCUUCUGAAUUACGAUAUUUACAUUUUGGCCCGUAUGAAAAUGUUGAUAUUACAUUACAUACUGUAUCCUCUGAUGACACUUACAUUUCUUUGUCUCCUGAUAGCUCUGAUUUUCCCUUGUCUCCUACAAUUUGGGUAGUACAUCAUCAGGCUAGAGUACGUGCUCUCAUCAGUUUAUCACGACCAUCUUUUAUUUGGAAUAUGAUUAUAAUAGGUGACUGUCCUUUUAUUUCCAUUUUUGUUGGACACCUUUGUGUCUUCUCUGCCCUUCCGGGUAGAUGGUAAAGAAUUGUUCUGUAUAUUUUUCUGCUUGCUCAAAAACUCAAGAGACGUCUAUGUCUCGCAAAAACAGCUUUUGCUUAUUCUACUGGUUAAUGAUGAAGUGUUUUCAACUGUAACAAGGGUAACACAUUUGAUGUAUUCCAUGUAGUUGUAUUUUCUUUGUUUUAUAUAAUUUUUAUGUUGAUCAAGGGUUUGAUCAAAAGGGGGGAAUUGUAAUAGAAAAUUACUAUUCUUUAAGAUGUCUAUAAUAUUCUUUGGCCUAGAACAAUUAUUGCUGAGGUUUUA